AUGGAAUCUUAUUAUUCAUCUUCUGCUUAUAUUUUAUAUGAAUAUUACAAUUUUGAAGAUUCCGAAUAUCAACAAUUUCAACAACUUCAACAAUUUCAACAAUUUCUACACUAUCAACAAUAUCAACAAUAUCCACAAUAUCCACAACCUCAACAACCUCAAUUUCAUUAUUCUCAAUAUUCUCAUUAUUCUCAACAUUCUCAAUGCCCUCAAUAUCCUCAACAAUCUCAACAACAACAUCAGCAACCUCAGCAACCUCAUCAACCUCAGCUGCAUCAACAACAACAACAAUAUCAUCAAUUCACUCGUACGCUUGCAACAAUGGUUGUAAAUGAUGGUAUUAGAUACGAUUAUACAACCGUUUCAGUCUCUAACGAAAUGGCGGAUUCUGCCAUAAAAAUAAGUAAUCAAACAAAUUUGAAUUCUAUUUAUAUAAAUGGAAUUCUAGUAUGUCAAUAUUAUUAUACAAAUAAUGUAUAAUAAUUUAUGUUUUUAAAAUUAAUUUAGGGUUCUGUCAUUCAUUAUAGUUAUUUAACCCUUUAAUUAAUUAAUUCAUUAUUACCGUAAUCCUAAUCCUAAUC